AGCUAACCGUCGUGAAUUGAGACAAGAUAAUUAGAUAGUUUUGAACACUGGCUGGUUAUGUACUUGUUCAAAAGUUGAUUUUGGAUAAUUUUUAAAUAAAAAAAGUUGCGGACUGCAGCUUUAAUAUUAUCCUUUUUAUUCAGGCAAGGAAGCCAUUCUCGUACCACCCCGUCACGGACAAUGUAUGCCAUUAGUGUAGCCUAAAACAAGAAAUAGAUUUUUUAAAAUCUAAUGUUUUCCUAAUAAUAAAAUGUCCCUUUUUUGGAAACCAUCAAUAGACAGUCUGUAAUUUAACAUAUUGUAACACGUGUUCUAAAUGUUAUUGUGUUGCAGAUGACAAGGAGUUUAAUAUUUAUGUUGCAUUCUAUUCAUUUUUGUGUUGGGAACUGUUAUCAUUAACUGCAUUACCUGUUAUUGGAUGUUCGGGUUAAAUAUGCGAAGAGGCUCCACCCCUGGUGUGUGUGUGGGGAGAAGGGGGCAGAAGAGUGCCUCGCUGUUUCAAGUGCGGUUCCCUUUCGAAAGGGAACUUCAACUCUGCGCUUGAUUGCGCUAUGGGGAACCGUCACUCGUGACAGGUGUUCGGUUCGAAAUGCCAAGAAUCACAACACUCCAAUCCUAUUGGCCGGUGACAGCCUAUGACGUCGAAUGGCGCGAACCGUGACAUAUAAAGGGAGCGCCUGAGGAAGCAGUCAACAUCUUUUCGUGACUGUUUGGUUCGUGUCAUUGCUUCACACACUCCGAUAAUCUCCAGAAAUGAACAUUCUUAUUAAGUUAUUCCUGACUGGGCUCUGUAUUACUGCAUUAGGUAUUUACAGUGUACAAAGAGGAUUACUUCAUGUUUCAGAUGUCACAGACAGACUGUUUCUAUCAGGCAAAAGGCACCUCCAAUGUACAGUUUUUCCUAAACAAAGCAUUGGGCCAUUUCCCAGUAAAAAUCGUUCGUCUUGUUCCUGUGAUGGAUUUGCUUUAACUGUGCGGAGUGUGAAAGUUGAUGAACUGGAAGAUCUUCAGAGACGUCGGUUGGAGGAAUAUGAGAAAUACCAGAUCAGGAUGGGGACAAAUAUGGACUCGAUUAUACUUGCCCAAGCCAACUCACCCCUCCAGUACCCCACCCAGGGUUUCGUAGUACCACCUCUUACAAAAAGAUUGAUACCAGGUUUGGCUCUAUAUGCACAAAGAAGACCACUAUAUAAGGUGUCUUUGAGUGUGAAGAGUGGAGUGCUCUCAGUGGAGGAUGUUCUCGAUGAACAGCAGGUGGAUGGACAGGGUCAGAGUGAACUAAACAUAUCAUCCAGCAACCUCACACAACUCAAUGAUCUGCUGUCCAGAGUGACAUACACCAGCACCAUCUACCAUGUCAAGACUAAAGAUCUGGUUCAUUUUUCUUUUGAGGACCAUGAGGCCAUAUUUCACAUUGUGAUCAAGAGACCCUCAGUUCCUGUUUUGUAUGACCCAGGAACAGAUAUUAACUCACAAGUAACCAUAACAACCAAGACCUUUUUGAGAUAUGAAGAGCUGAACAUCCUCAUCAACAGUAUCCGACAGCUUUACCCUAAAAUCAAGAUCAUCAUAGCAGAUGACAGCCUGACGCCAGAAAAUGUGACUGGCAACAACAUAGAGCACUACAUCAUGCCUCCUGCACAGGGCUGGUUUGCAGGCAGGAAUCUGGCUGUUUCUCAAGUCACCACUAAAUACUUCCUGUGGGUUGAUGAUGACUACAUUUUCAAUAAUGAUACACGGAUUGAAAGCUUUGUGGAGAUAAUGGAGAAAGUUCCAGAACUGGAUGUGGUUGGUGGUGCAGUGGGAAGAAAUCAGUUCUAUUUCCGGCUUCAGUAUGAUGAAGGGGAUGAAGAGGAGGGUGGUUGUCUCAGACGUUUCCAUAAGAAGCACUACCAAACAGUCCCAGGCUUUAAAGGCUGCUUGUUUGUAGACGGGGUCGUCAACUACUUCCUCGCACGGACAGAUGCAGUGCGACGGGUUGGCUUUGACCCAUUUCUGAAGAGGGUGGCUCACACUGAGUUUUUUCUUGAUGGUCUCGGAGAUUUGCUGAUUGCCUCUUGUAAAGGACUUACAGUUGGCCACCAGAAGAAACGCAAACAAAGCAAAUACAGACGCUUUAGGUUUCCAGGACGAAAUGAUGGAAAAAACAAAUUGGCCCAUCAUUACUUUAAGAAUUACAUGAAAUGCAUCAGGUACUAAGGGACUUUUGAGGAGGAAGAUAGCAAUUCUCCCACAGCAAACAAAAUUUAACGUAAUGUCGAAGUGAUUGAAAGAAUGGAUAUGAGCUAUGUUCACAUUAGAAGUGUUUUGGUACUGAAAAGGGAAGUGAAAUUGUUUGACAUUUUACAUUUUAAAACAAUCAGCUAUUGAAUCAGUGAAAUCAACCAUCAACAAAAAUUUGAACCAAGUUUGUGUCUUCAGGAGAACUGAUCUAAGGGAACAUUUAGCACUGUGCUUACUGUUAUGACAUAAAAUAAAUGACUUUCAUUAAAUAUAUUAUAUAUUCUCAGAAAAAGUGUAAAAAUUUUACCUUUUUAAGGGUACAAUGGCUUGUCACUGGGCCAGUACCCAUAAAAGGACCCUUUGUACCCUUUUUUUUUUUUUUUUUUCUAAUUAGAGUAUUAAAGUAGCAAUAAGUACCUUAAAGUAUACUAUGAACGUUUUAGGUGUUUGAGGAACAAAGUUGUCUUUUUAAAGAUACUGCCCCUGUAGCUAGCUGUUAUAUCCUUAAAGGUACAACUUAUGCACAUUUUUCUGAGAGUGCAGUGGUAUAAAUGUGUGCAAUAACAUUCUUACUUCAUCUAAAAAUACAAAAUGUUUACAGAGUGGGCACAAAAUUCACUUUAGGUUGAACUUGAUACUUGUAUGUUUUCAUUUGGAGCAAGUUUUUAAUUGGGCUCCAAGCACUAAAUCAGCUGAAUCUGUGUCUUUUUUUUUUUUUUUUUUUUUUUUUGUCUUCUAUAAUAAUCUAAUAAUAUAUAUAUAUUUUUUUUUGGAAGGGUAACACUAUAACUUUUUUUUUUUUUUUCAAAAUUUAAACUUCAUGAAGCUUGAAUCUGUGGGUCGCUCCUGUGCCUAAAUGUAUUAUUCUUAAUUGUCUGGAUGAAUAAUGGUGGUGUUGUAUUGCAAUGAUAUGUAAAAUAUGUAAAAACUGAAAAACUCAGCAUGGCUCAUUUAUUUUUAUAGAGCUAUGGAUGUGAAAUUUUUUAUACCUGUAUACAUUUAUGAACUUGGACAUAUCUUACAUUUUGAAGGAAUAAUUGAAAGAUCAAAAUAUUUAUUUAAGGACAAUCUUAUAUUAUUAUUAUUAUUAUUAUUAUUAUUUAUUUUAUUUAUUUAUUUUUUCAAAAUUUUUCAAAAUUCUUUUAAUCUUAUUUAAUUCAUUCUGACAUUCUUUUACUUGUUAUCAUGGAAUUGUUGAUGUUAAAUAUGUUCCGUUGUGGCAAACUACGCCAAUACACAUAGAUGAAUUCUAACACUAAUUGUAAAAAAAAAAAAAAAAAAAAAACUUUUAGGCUGUAAAUAAUACAUGCAAUUUUCAUAUAUAUAUUAUAAAAAUUCUAGAUCAGAGUGAGAACACACUCUGGGUUGGUGGGAUAAGUGAAGAGAGAAGUUUGAGCAAGGUGGUGUCCUAUGCCAUUUUGCUGAGAUCUCUCCAGAUUAGUGGGUUUUAUUGUUUUAUUAGCAGGAAAAUCAAGUCUGACACUGUAGAUGUGAAAACUUGAGAAAUCCAGGCUAUGACGUUGAAGAAAAAUUAUUUAUUCAUUACAGUUAAAUUUAGCCUCACACGCAAACUUUAAUCGAUAAUGAAAAUAUUUAAUGCAACCAAAAGGUAACAUAAUCAGAAAUAAGUAAUUAAUAGUCAAUAAUAAAAUUUUUGAGUUUUGUAAAAUCCAGAGUAUUGUAUCUAAUAGAUGAAGAUCAGAAUAUACAGAAAGAAAUAAUAAUUCAAGACAGUUGCAGAUAAGAGAGAAGAAGCAGAAGCCCAGGAGAGCAAAGGAGGGAAAAACUAAAUUAUCAAUGACUCCCAACCCAAUUCCCAACCCACUCAAACUGAUGUUUUUGUUAAAAUAAGAAAAGGUUAAAUGGUUUUACCCAUUAUAUCAUAAACUGGUCAUAUGCCAAAAAUAGAUAUGAGUUGUUUUGACCCCCCCCAUUUUUUUUUUUUUUUAAAAAAGCUCUUGUUUCAACCAAUCUUCUAUAUUUACAGUGGUUUAUUGGUACUUUCUGCCCUGCUGUUAGCUGAUAUGUGACUAUUGAUUACUAUCCGCUGCUGCU